AUGUUUCACGAGGAGUUCAAAGACACCUUCCGCAUCACACGCGAGGUCCUAGACAUCAUCGUAGUGCGCAUGGCGUACCCUUUGUCUCGCUUUGUCCAAGUGCAUGACAUUCCAUUGUCUCUGUGUUGCCUAAUCCCUAUCAAGUACUUUGCCAGUGCUAUGACGUACCAUGACAUGGCACUGAUGUUUGGUCUCCCAAAGGGACUUAUUCAUCGACUUGUGGAUGCAUUCUUGGUGUGGUUCCCUCGGAAGUUCAAAGCAGAGUGGGUGCAGUUCCCCCCCGAGGAUGCCCGCUUGGAGAUGGCACUCGACUUCCGCGCCAUCAAAGGGGUUCCUAACGUGAUUGGAGCCAUCGAUGGUACACACUUGGAGAUCAGAGGCAUGGAAGCCCAUCAUGGAGACUAUUACAACAGGAUAUCUGUUUACAGUGUGCAACUACAAGUCACAUGCGAUGCCAAUGGUGUCAUUUGGGACUACACUGUUGGAAAUCCAGGCUCCAUGCAUGACCAAGGGGUUUUCAGUACGUCAGAGCUACAUGGCAGGCUUGAGAGCGGUGAAAUCGCCCCCUAUCAGCUAGUAGGCGAUGCUGCCUAUCCUCUCAAAUCCUACAUGCUCACCCCCCUCCACGCACCCUGCAAGCGCAUUAUGAAGAAGUGGGAGCAGACCUACAACUACGUGCAGUCGGCGACACGCAUGGUGGUCGAGCGCACCAUCGGCGCCCUCAAGGGUCGGUGGCGUCUCUUCGCGCGGAGGCACGAGAGCAAGCUUUGGCGGGUGUGCGCCGGCACGGCGUGCAUCAUCAUCCUGCACAACUUGUUGGAGACUAUUAGCACGCCGCGGAUGAAAACAAACAACCCACACCGCCGUCUAUGGGCCGGACUGCCCAACGGAUGGUGGACAAAGGAGCGGCAUGGAUCAAUACAGGUGGAAGCACUUGGAGAACCCGACGCUCGAGGAAUUGCGCAAGCGACGGCAUCACUUCGGCAAGCACAUCCACCGUGCUUACCUGAGGCGUCACCGUGUCUCAGGUUCGGCGUGCUAAUGCUCCGCCUGCUCCGCCGCCUCCUCUGA